AUGGCCAACGCUUCUACCACCUUCGAUCUACCGCCUCUCCCUAGCUACACCACUUCCGUUCGCGAACCGCUCUUCCCGCCCAUUCCCGAUAACUAUGUCGCCCUCAUCCUGCCCAUUGUCGCCUAUUGGGCCAUGUCCAUGAUCUACCACUAUUUGGAUGUGAACAACUACUUCGAGCAGUACCGCCUGCACACGCCCGCUGAAGUAUUAAAGCGAAACCGCGUGACCCGAUGGGAAGUUGUGCGCGAUGUGGUUUUGCAACAAAUCAUCCAGACGAUUGCCGGUGCAUCCCUGGCGUACUUCGAUCCCGUGGAGACCGUGGGCCGGGAGGAAUACGAUAUCGCCGUCUGGGCGCAGAGAAUCCGGUUUUUGCAAAAGGCCUUCCCGCCGCUCUUGGCUCUUGUUGGAGUCGACGCUGCUGGCCUGGCCAAGUCGGUGUCGCAGAGCGGACACACCAUGCUAGCGGGGGUGUUAGCCGGUGGAUCGUAUCCGGGCGUAAUGCAGAGCGUGAUCCUUGACAAUGGUGCGGAGGUUUCGGCCCCCGCAUUCACAGGCUGGGAGUUGUCCUUGGCCGGCUUUAUCUACUGGUACUUUGUCCCUGCCCUGCAAUUUAUGCUGGCCGUCUCGAUCGUCGACACAUGGCAGUACUUCCUGCACCGGGCCAUGCACCUAAACCGUUGGCUUUAUGUGACCUUCCAUUCUCGUCACCACCGACUCUACGUUCCCUACGCUUUUGGUGCCCUCUACAACCACCCUGUUGAGGGAUUCCUUUUGGACACCGCAGGUACCGGCAUUGGGUUCUUGGUCUCUGGCAUGACCAACCGCCAGGCCAUGUGGUUCUUCACCUUGUCGACCAUCAAAACAGUGGACGACCACUGCGGCUACGCCUUCCCUUGGGACCCCUUGCAGCACUUCACCUCCAACAAUGCCGCUUAUCACGACAUCCACCACCAGAGUUGGGGCAUCAAAAGCAAUUUCUCUCAGCCCUUCUUUACUUUCUGGGACCGCUUGUUUAGCACGCAGUGGACGGGAGAGGUCAAGCUCCGCUACGAGCGGGCUCGUGAGAGUGCCCAGAAGCAAGUUAACGCAGAUGCUGCUCAGGCCGAUGAGGUGGCGGCAGCCUCUGCUCUCGAGGAACGUGAGCACGAGCUUGUGGUAAUCUCCUCCGAGGGACCGGCGACGCGGACACGUCUGCGCCGCAAGACAGUGGACAGCUUGAAGAGACCCAGCCAUGGUGUCUCAGGGACCGUGCUGCACAACUAA